AUGGCGGCUCGGUUCCCGGUUAUCGUAAUCUACGCUUGCCUGGUUGUGCUCCACGGCCGUCUUUCCCGGGCUGUUCGCAUAUCCCAAAUUUGGGCGAAUACAACGUCGUUUAAGAUCGACUGGCUGCCGGAUAGCGGCAACCGCUUCUGCCUGUGCCACGCCACGGCCAAGCAGUUCCAGAAGGGUCUGAGCUUCUUCGACUGCAUCCCGUACCAGAGGGAAUCCAGGUGCGACCUCUCGGACUUCGGCAACUGCACGGCGCCCGAAGGGUCGGGACUGCGCUGCAGCCGCCAGCUCGCGUCGCAGCCGUCGGUCGUGACCGGACUUAAUGCGGGCGUCACGUACGCCUUCUGCGCCAUUGACGAGAAUCCACUGUCCGCGUCCGGUUACGACGGCUUCGCCCUCUGCACCCGCACAUGGACGCUCGAUUCGGAGCUUCGUUUCCGGGCGUCCGCGUACUCGUCCUUCAUGGUGGGCCUCGAGUGGCGACUGGGCAACGAGACCGAGCAGCUGCUCAACGUGAGGCUGUGCAGCUCGACCGACGGCUGCCACCGCGCGUGCCGCGACAACCUGCUCGACCUGAGGCGGGAGAAGUUCGUCGCCUGGACCGACCUGACGCGGCAGAGGCUCAGCCUGCAGGUGCGGCGCACCGACGGCGUGCUCCUCUACGAGACGGCGUUCGACGCCCUCAAGCAGACGCCCGACCGUCCGUGUCAGCUCCGCGCUUCCCCGUUGGGUCCGUCCAGCGUCCGCGUCAGCUGGACGCUCGAAGGGGGCAACGCGGACGGGUUCGUGGUCACCCACUGCUGGUUCCGGCUGUGCCACACCAAGGUGUACCCGCAGCCCAGCCUGCGGCACGUCUACAUCAACGGGCUGAUGCAGUGGAGCCGGUACCGCUUCACCGUCACCGCCUUCCGCACCGUCAACAAGACGGGCAUCGCCGUGGGAGAGCCCAGUCACGCCGAGGUCUUCACCGAAGGAGAUUUAACGGCAUUGACGUGGGGGGUGGUGCUGGGCGUUCCUGCCUUCAUCGUUGUCAUCAUGAUGUGCCGACGAAAGCAUUCACCCACUUGCAAGUUGAACGUGACCCCGGUGGGUUGA